CCUGUUCGCUAAGCCAGAUCCUCAGCGCAUUAUGUAACUUGCAGACGAAAUCGAGACCGUUUUUUUACCUGUGAUUAAACGGAGGCUCAUCAUGAUAUCGCGUACCUGAGGGUUGGUGUUUAAAGGGUAUGGCUGUGAAAGGGAUUUGAAAAAAUGGAGUUUGUCAUAGGGGCGACAGCAGCCUGUGGGGCAUGUAUUUUCUCCAACCCCAUGGAUGUGCUCAAGACGCGCAUGCAGCUACAAGGGGAACUGAAGGCUAGAGGGCAGUACACCAUUAUCUACAGGAACAUAAUUCAUGCUGGUAUUGCUGUAGCGAAGGCUGAUGGGAUAUCGGGACUCCAGAAGGGACUAGUGCCGGCUCUUUCAUACCAAGUAGUCAUGAAUGGAAUGCGCUUUGGACUGUACAGAAGGAUCCUCGACUCAGGAAUCAUAUCGCGUGCUGAUGGCAGUGUGUCGUCGCUGGGUUGCAUUGCAGCUGGAGCUUUUGUGGGCGUGGUUGGUGGUGUAGUCGGAAGUCCUUUUUAUCUUGUGAAGACUCACCUACAAUCACAUGCAGCUGAGUCAAUUGCUGUGGGUCACCAGCACAAACAUGAAGGACUCUUAUCUGCACUGCACAAAAUUUUCAAUCAAGAAGGUGUCAAGGGAUUAUGGAGAGGAGCAACCACCUCCAUACCUAGAGUCGGUGUUGGUUCAGCUGCACAGCUCUUUUCUUACUCAAAAAGCAAGGAUUGGCUCGACCAUUAUGGGUUGUAUCCACGAGACAGUUGGCAAAGUACAUUUGUUGGUGCUAUGGUUAGUGGCUUAGUGAUUGCAUCAUGCAUGAGUCCCUUUGAUGUUGUUGCAACAAGAGUUUAUAAUCAAGGACUGGACAAACACGGCCGUGGGUUGCUAUACAAGGGGAUCACUGACUGCAUUGUGAAGAUCUACAAGACAGAGGGUGUAUGGGGCUUCUACAAGGGCUGGUCUGCUAUUUACUUCAGGAUUGGUCCGCACAGCUUCCUCAACCUCAUAUUCUGGGAUCAUCUGCAGAAACUCUUUCUAAAAUACAGGGAAGAACAUGAUGCCGAUAAGAAUGGAUCAUGACCUUGAAAGUGAGUUUAUUGCUUAGCGUAAUGCAGGUAAUCAUAUAGUAGUUGGAAGUUAUUAUUAAGAUGUCCAUGUAAAUGUACUGAUAUAUAAUUCUUGCACGGUUAAUUGCCUUAGCUAAAGUGUAUGAACAGCACAAAAAAGUGUCAUAUAUUUUAUUGUUAUUAGUUGUUUUGUGUAUAGAAUAUUUUUGUAUAAUAGAUUUUAUUUUAUAGGUGUAAAUAAUCUUGUAUACUAAUUUGUUUUUCAUGAAAGCGAUCUGUUGUGUAGAUUUUUUAAUGCAAGGAGAAUAGUGCUCCAUCAGAAGUUUUGUAUAUUCUACUUAAAUCAUACAAAUUUUAGUUAUUUUUAUAUUCCACUUUUUUUUUUUUUUUUAUCUCAUUGAGAUACUGUUCAGGAAUAUAAGUUCCGGAACAUUAACUAUUAGUUGCAAAGAUUUUGAUUGCAAAUAACAUUUAUUAUCCAUCAUAAUUUUGUCAUAUAAAGUGCUCAUGUAACUUCCUUUACAUAUAAAUGCAAAGAUAACUGAAUAUUUUUUUGCUAGUCAAUACUCCCAUGUAGUACUGAAAAGUACAAGAUAUUAAAUGAGGCAUCAGGGAACACAGUGGCAUGUGACUGAAAAUACAGUAAGCUGAUACAUUGCAGAAUCAAAGUACAAUAUCAAAUAUCAAUGUAAAGAAAUACAGAAACUUGCUUCGGGCAGAGCUUGAAAAGUCACUUACAGCAGAGGUUCGUUGUCCUUGUACAUGUAUUGAAUUGUAUUAUAACAUAUUAGCGUAUUAGUGCAAUGGUGUGUUAUUAAUGGUAAGGUCCAAGACAAUUACAUUAAGAAACACUAUUGGUAUUUGCUGUCAUUAUUUUUUUCACAAUUUUUCAUGUGAAAGUAAGAAUCAACUUACUGGAAAUAAAAAAAAUAAUUAGAAAGUAUGAGAAAUUCCAACUAUGAAUUCAUCGUCUUUUAUAAAACUUCUUUCAAUCUAUAAUUUUUUUCGUGAUAAUGUUAAAGACACAUAGUUGGGAAAAAGAUGGAAAUCAACAAAGAACGCUUUUUAUGUGUCACUGUGUUUCAAGUUGCAACUAAUAUAAAAGGGUCCAUAUGUUGCAUCAUUACACAAAGAAUAAUAGUCACAACAUUUAUGAAAAAUUUGUUUUUUGUUGUUGUUUUAUGAGUAAUGAUUUUUUUUCUGUUUUAUAUAGAAAGCAUUCAAGUUUAUUAGUGAAUAUAUCUUGCAGAUUCUUUUUUUCAUGUAUAUAUAGAGACAGUCAGCCAUAUUGUAUUUGGUUAAAAAGAAAAUUCAAAUUAUAGCCACAGUGUAUUAUUAGUAAAACAAAAGGCUUAAUUACAGUUGAAUAUAUAUCUUGAAUCUGCACUCAUUUUACAAUUUUUGCAAAGUAAUAAUAAACAUUUGAUUAUGACAUUUAUUUUUUUAUAAUUAGAAAUAUAUGUAACUAUGUUGAGAGUGGUAUUCCACAUAUAUAAUCACUGAAAUUGUUUGUUGCCAGGUUCAAAGACCUUUCUAAGCAGUUUAUUUUGCAUGUAGUCAGUGGAAAUACCUAUAUCACUGUUCCCAAAUUUAGAGAUGGUAUAAUCAUAUAUAU